AUGUCUAAGGAAAGAAUAACCGUGGCCUUGUGUGCCAGUGCUGAGGGAGAGAAGUUGAAACCAAUUGUUAUUGGGAAAAGUGAAAAUACAAGAUGUUUUAAAAACAUAAAUAAAAAAGACUUGUUAGUACACUAUUAUUUUAACAAGAAAGCAUGGAUGACUUCUAAUAUUUAUAAAGACUUUUUGAAGAAUUUUAACAAGAAAAUGAAACAACAAAAACGGAAAGUGCUUUUAUUUGUUGACAAUGCACCUUCACAUCCAGAUGACAAUUCAUUAAGUAAUGUACUGGUCAAAUUUCUCCCACCUAAUACAACUUCUAUGACACAGCCCAUGGACCAGGGUAUCAUACGGGCCAUGAAACUGAAGUUUAGAAAACGUCAGAUGUCACAUAUGGUAACGAACAUGGACAUAUUUCCAACUCUCUCUGGCUCGGACCUAUUGAAACGUACCAACGUACGAGAUGCAAUCUAUUGGUUAAGUAACUCUUGGAACGAGGUGGAAAGUUCAACAAUAGUGAAAUGUUUUGGUAAAGCAGGAUUUAAAUUACAUUUGCAAGAUAAAAGUGAUAUUGAAAUCAGUGUUGAAAAAUUAGCUGAUGAACCAACUAUGGAUGAUGAUGAUGAUAUUCCAUUAUCUGUGAUUAAAAUAUCCUAUGACUUAUUUGGUUGCUCAUUCAGUGAUUUAGUAAAAAUUGAUGACAAUGUGAACACAUGUGAUUCUCAAAACAUUGAUUGGGAUAAAAAUGCAAAUGAUUUGGUGAAAGACCUUUUUAAAAAUGAAGAGAAUAAAACUGAUGAAGAUGAUGAUGGCGAGGAAGAUUGUGAUAAAUGUAAUGAAGAAGAGGUUCUUACCACUGCAGAAGCAGUGCAAAUGAUAUCAAAGUUAAAGGCUUAUUCUCUUAAAAAAGGAAAUCCUGCAAUUUUGAAAUUAAUGUCUGAAGCUGAAGAGAAACUGAAUAACCAAAUUUGCAUGACCAAGAAACAGACAACAAUGUUGGAUUUUUUCAACAGAGAUGGAAGAUGA